AGAAGUGAAGUGAAGCCAGAAACAAGCAGCCUUGAUGUUUAACAAACUUUUGCUGUUAUUUCUUAUUCACAUGUUUCUGUUAAACGACAUACAUGACUUAAAACAUUGUGCCCACAUGUAUGUGUAAAACAAACGCAAGCCGCAGCGGCUGCUCCUUUCCGCUGAGAAGCGGGAGUCUCCUCUGCGCAUGCGCAUGUGUAACACAUGGGUCUGUGCGGCACAGGUCACUCGUGCUUUGAUAACAGUCUCUCAGGAUUCUGUUUACAAGCGGUGCUGGAUGGCAACUUGUUAAAGGUGCAUCUGUCCUGCUACGUCCAGCAACGUUUCAGUCACCUUAAGCUGAUUUAUUAGGACGCUGGAUAUCUAGUGGAUAUGUGGAGAACAUCCUGACUGUGGCCGUCCUCUGUCAUGUUCAGGCUCCGGUCCUUUGGGGUCCAUUCCCGCAGGCUGUUUCACAGCGGGGCUGUGACCCGGGACCAGGUCCUGGACCAGCUGCAAGUGUGUUCCACCGAGGACCAGGUGUUUGAUGUGGUCGGCCGGAACAAAGCCAAACUCUCGGCCAGUCACGUGGGCUGUGCUGUUGGACUUCUGUGGCAGUUUCAGAGAGAGAGACCACAGAUGCUCCGAACGGUCGAGCUCGUGCGGAACCACCCGCAGUUCCUGACGCUUCGAGUUCUGGCUGAAAACAAGAUCGGUCUCAUGGAUGAUGUCUCGGUGGUGGACAUGCUGUACGAUGUGCUCAGGCUGAAUGUGGAACAACACGACUCUCUCGUUCAGCAGUUGGUGACCGAGGCUUGGAACAGACUCGACAGGUUCCAGAUGCCCACACUUUCAAAAUUUGCCGUCUGUCUGAGUGAUCAGUUUCUCCAGCACAGUCCGCUGAUGGGACAGAUCACGGACAUUGUGAGUCAGAGGCUGAACUCCAUUCAAGACGCCAGAGUGCUCACCACAUUAAUGGUCAGCGUAUCUUCUCUAGUGUCACCACCGUUACGGGACGCUCUGAUCGUAAAAGCCGACGCCCUUCUGGACCGCAUGGACCCGCUUCAUUUCAACAACCCCAGAAGGGUGGUGCAGUUCCUCCGUAACAUCAGACACAUCCACCGGCCGCUGCUGGAGAAAUGUAACCAGAUUCUGCUGCAGAACAUCCCUCAUCUGGACGCAGACCACAUCAGCAUCGUUCUGGGUCUCUAUCAGUCCAUGCAGUUUAAUAACUGUGACUUCCGGCUGGCCGCUAAACGGAGACUGAUGGAGCUGAUGGACACCGGCGCCGACCCGGCCACCUUCACCAAACUCUUCGCUUCUUUAGGACCCAUGGCGGGACAGGGAAUCCGAGAGGGGUUAGAGAGCACUGCGUUGCUAUUGGCUGAUGAGCUGAGCGCCCAUCAGGCUCUUGGCGUGUUGGAGACGAUGGAAGAGAUGCAAUGCAGGAACCUUCAACUGAUCAACAAGUUGGCAGGAAUAAUCUUCAAGAAUCUGGAGACAUAUCGAGCUGUUGAGAUCGCUCGCAUCACGCAGACUCUCAUUCUUCUACACUGCCAAAAUCCUGAGAUCUUCUCCAGAUUGAGAAUCAAACUUCUGCAUUAUCUGCAGGACAGCGUGUACCCUUAUGAGGUGACCAUGCUAACUAGGGUUCUGUCCAUGCUCCCUUCUCCCCGUCUCGAUGAGGGCGUCCUGUCCCGCGUCAGUGCCGUGAUUCCUCAGUGCAACCUCAACGACCUCAACACCUUCGCCAUGGUCGUGGCCAAGUGGAUCCGCAACGACCCGUCGUACCGUCACAACACCCGCAGCAGAUACGUGCGGCUCCUUCAGAGUCUGAACCGCUGCGGACACGAGCGUCUUCAUCAGUUCCACCGGCUGGACGUGCUGCUGGAGGAGGCCAAGUAUUUAUCGGGCGAAUGGUUUGAGGAGAUGCUGCUGGAGGAGUCGAUGGUCACCACGAGGAGACUCAUAGAUCAGAUAUCCUGGACCAAUGUGCCCGAGCUGGCCGUUUAUCUCACCCGGACCAACUACCGCUGUGACACCAUGCUGGACCGCAUCGCUGCUGUGACCGUCGCAAAUAUAGACAAGAUUCAUUAUUCAGCGACGUAUGCCACCCUGUUGCCUUUCGCUGUUCUGAACUAUGACCCACCAACAGCAGAAGAGUUUUUCCAUGUCUGUGUUCAACAUUUCACUCCGUAUAUUAGUUCAUUUGAUCCACAUCUGCUGGUUCUUCUGGCUUAUGCUUUGGCCAUGGCCGAUUACUUCCCAGAGGAUGUGAUCCGCGAGAUCUUCACUGUGGACUUUCUUGCCAAGUUGGAUGCCCAGCUGGAGACUCUGCCGGAUGCUCUGAACAUGCGUGUGCGUCUCCGUCUGAUGGAGCUGAAUCGAGCCGUGUGUCUGGAGUGUCCCGAGUUUCAGGUGCCUUGGUUUCACGAGCGCUACUGUGCACAACUGCAGAAGAGAGUCAACAGCUCUGUGAGUGCAGCUCAGCAGCAGAUUCAUAAGAUGCUCGGUGAGGUGCUGGGCUCCAUCGGCUGUGCCCGGGUGGGAGUCUUGACGCCGUAUUUUUAUUCUGUUGAUUUUGAAUUCGUCCUGGACCGUCACCUUCAGCCGAUUCCGUACAGCGAGCCGUCUCCGCUGCACAUCAGUGAGAACGGAAAAGUGAGAUGGGAAUCUAAAUCUGCAGACAGAGAGAGAGCGGAGCUGCCGCCCGGUGCUCGCCGAGUUGCCUUGGAUUUCCUCGACUCCAAAUCCUUCUGCAGAACUUCUCGACAAAUGAAAGGCGAGGCCAUGAUGAGAAAGAGACAUCUGGAGAUUUUAGGAUAUCAUGUGUUGCAGAUUCCUCACUUUGAAUGGAAUUCAAUGGAGCUCUCCACACCAGACGCAUGGAGAGAUUAUUUGAGGAAGAAAAUCUUCAGUGAAUUACCAUGAGACCUUAUAUAAGACACG